AUGCAGAAGGGUGGCAAGUAUGUCACAGCAUCGCUCCUCAUAUGGAAAGAUGGCGAAUCGAAAUUGCUCAUCGCUCGAAAUAUGGGUUUCGAGCACUGGCAAGAAAAGCAUGAGGAAGAAUUCAGAGACUUUCUUCAAGCCAGGCUCAGAAAGAUUGCACUAGAAUAUGGUAGGGUCUCUUGCAUGGUACACAACCUCACUUUGCUAAUUAUCUCAGAGUUAUGCCAUCGAAAUACAGAAAACAUUGAUCGCCUCGAAAGUACUCCAUGGCGAAUUAUGAUACAAUACUAUAAGCCAAGACUAAUGUGGUACCGGGCUGAGCUGUUCAAGUUGACGAGCGUUCAGCUAUCUGGAAGUACUGACACAGAUGAGGACGACCUCCAGGGUCGUAUGAAGAAGUUUGGAGAAGAUUUGGAGGACUUGAAAAGAAGUGAAGACGAUUCCACUUGGAUUCCCGUGAUCAAGGAAGCUCACGACAUGUACGUUGAGUUUGAUGAAGCGCAGUUCUUACGGCUCUAUCGUACCAAUGCUUACAAAGUCAGACGACUUGUUGGAUUCAUUGGACGACCUCACGAGUGCUGGCUGGUUCUUAUUCGCUCAGCUAAAAUCUUUCACUUACAGUUUCGAGACAUUGAGAUUCAAUUUCUCCCUCCGCCAGAUGAGAAACAAGAUGCCGGUAAAUUGGGCCUUCCUGAAAUGCUUCGUCUCUUCAACUUCCCUUCAGCUACAGACAAUAAGGCUUCCUGUUUGGGUGUGGAAGCUACCAGAUUAAUUAAUGGACUGAUGGAGAACAAGAAUGGGAAGAUACCGUUGGAAGCUUACAGUGAUCAGGAGUUAUGUAGAAAAUUCACAAACCACCAGAAAGCUGAGUUGCAGGUGCAUGCGGAGAUACAGAUACUCUCCGAAAUAUCCAAGCCAAAAUACAAAUUAUGGGAAGACGGCGGCUUUAUCGGUUGCAGUAAAUACAGCUGUCACACAUGUUGGUUAUUUUUGACCUCUCAUUAUCGCAAAUAUCGAAUGGGAGGACACCAUCGAAGACUGUACUCGUGGAUGAUACCAAAGAAUUCACUGGACUUAGAAGGGUUUAGUACAGCGUUGUCGAGCACCCAUACUUCAGUUUUAAAUGAAGUCUCCCGUAUCUUUGGUAAUCAUGAUGCUGAACCGAAUAAUUACGAUGACACUGCCUCUCAAUCGACUAUCGGGAGUAUUUUCUCUCGACAAUCUAGCAUGGAGAAUUUCUCCUAUGCAGGAAACGACACUGAGCAUGGGCUCGAGGGUCUUUCAAGGUAACUCACAUUUAAUGAUGAAUCGAUCGCCGGUGAUAGCUUGACACCUCAAAAUUCUUUGAGUUACGCGUCUGAGGAGACCGAUGCCAGCUAUCAACAGAUUCCGAGUGAAUCUCAAAACUCGGAUGAGUUUGAAGAGAAGACCAGCGACAGUGAAAGUGACAAAAGCUGGUGGUUAGUCCAUCCGGGAGGUGAUGACUUCAAAGAGCAUGUGAAAUAG